CUUACAGAAACUCUCUCCCCAACCAUAAAAACAAGGCCUCAAGGUCCCUUACUAUAUGGUUCAGCAAAGCACAGUUAGCUCAAUAUUCAAGACAUACUCAGUUGCCACCCCCCACUAUGCCUCUCAACAUCGUCGUCAUCGGAGCCGGGCUUGGUGGACUCGCCGCCGCGCUCUUGGUCAAGCAGGAAUCACCCAUUCACGAUGUUCUCGUUAUUGAAUCCGCUCCUUCUUUAGCUGAGAUCAGUGCCGGCCUUCAGCUUACGCCUAAUGCCACGCGGUUACUUGUCCGAUGGGGCCUGCAACCUAGCCUGGAGAAGCUGGCUAGUAGCCCAGAAGAGUUUCUCAUCUGCCGGUAUAAUGGCCCUAAGAUGCUAGAGAACACUUUAGUAAUAAAUAUAAAUCUGGCGAUCUUGCAACUAACUAUGGAUAAGGGUAAGAAGAUUACUAGACAUCUGGUAAUAGCCGCGGAUAGACUCUGGUCUAAGACUAGGUCUACUAUUCUAGGUAGACUAAGCCCUCCUGUUACUACUAGUGAUCUGGCCGGUCUAGAGUGCAAUGCUAUUUAUUAUCUGCUCAGAAAUAAUACUAUGGCAAAUAUUAUCUUUUUAGUUCCUAAUUAUCUGGCUAAUAAUAUAACUAAGAUGCUAGGUAAUCUCUUUAAAAUAAAGGAGAUUUUUAAGAAAGAAUAUAAUAAAAAAGCCAUAGUAGUAUUUUUAGGUAAUGCCUAUUACCUAUUACUGCUAUAUAUGGCCCAGGGAGCUGGCUCUGCUCUUAAAGAUAGCGCUGCACUAGGAAUCCUCUUAUCUAAAAGAGAUAUUAAUUACUUGUCCGAUGGCCUAGAGCAAGAGGCGAGAGAUAAAGUUGCUGUAUCUCAGCUCUAUGAUCAGAAGCCCGGAUACCCAUUCUACUACUGGAUUGAUCCCGGAGCCCAGGAUUUUGUAUAUGGAUAUGACGUUAUAGCCGAAGUUCCAACAGGGGUCUUUAAGAGAUUUGAAAGCAGGCAAUGA